UGGCCUCCGUUUCCUCUGGAGGAUCUUGGUUUCGAAGAUCUUGAUGAAACUAACUUUUCUAAAGAGUUGGGCCUAGAAAUUAACGAUUCAACUCACCCUGAAAACGCUAGAACGAAUUUUGAAGUAUUAAAUGAAGAUGAAUUUAGCAAGCUGAUGCGGCUCUUUGGAGUCACUUUUCAAACUUACUUCAAUCCAAGCGACUCUUCGAUUGGCGGAUCCUUCUGUCCUGGUCAGAACAAUGCCCCUUACAAUUCUAGUUUGGCUACCUCUGAUCCCGGAGAUAGCGACUUCGAGAGCGAUUUCGAAGAGCUUGCUGGUGAAUCGUUGAUGCCCAAUUCUGGCCUAGGUCAACGUGUUGGCAUGGCUUCGCUUGGCGUCGCCUCACAAUCUCCAUCUUCAGCUCCUGUUCUUGCUUUAGACUUAACUAAUGCCAUCGCUCAACCAUACUGCCAAGCAGGAUCAAAUGACGAUGUAAUGAGUGCCUCAAAAUUUAGAAUAUCUAAUAAGGCAGUGAAGAAGGAUGAGCAAUGUAAGGACAGUAUGAAGACUACGGAAAAGACGAUCCCCAUCGUUACUGUUACAUCAUCAGUCGAUAUGGAUCGACAUACUCCGUCUCGCUUCACUAAUAGAGAAAAUGACUCGUCUGCUUCUCCAGGGCUAAUAACAAAAUUACCUAAUGUUACUAAUAUUGUAGACACAAGCACUAUUGGUGAUACAUCUACCGUUGCCUCUUCGAGUAAGGUUGGUCGAUCUCGCUUUACUGAUGAGCGUUUCGCAUUCACUGUUGCCAUCCAAGUUCCACAAGAUGCAUUGGCUCUCCCUCGAACAUCACCUCCCGCUGACGUAAGCUCGGCUUCAUCCGUUCCCACGUCGAAUGAGCAUGUCUCGUUGCCUGCUUCAUGUUCUAUGAACCCAGGCGGAAAUCAAAUUGCUGUUCCUUCUGGACCUCCCUUGUGCCCCCCAGAACAGAGACCUGCCGAUGUGCUAGACCCGCUGUCACGAGUCAGAACAAAAGAUCAGAAAACUCAUCAUCCUCUGGGCAUACAGUUUCAGAGACGACCCAACUCUCGCUUGCUAACUCUAGACCCAAAUGGUCAACGCUUGAAUGAAAUUCCAUCGCUUCUUUUAACUUCUCAAGCGGUAAAAAAGGACGAACAUACCAAUCAAGCUACAGCUAUUGCCCCUAUAGCGCAAAAAACGAAUCUUGAAGGAGAUGCGAGUUAUGUAUCGGGGGUGGUUAAGCCAAAAUUCAACAGUUUGACAGCAGUCAGUAGAGAGUCUGUUGAGCCGGCUGAAUCAGGUGGACAAAUGGCGAAGCAAAGAGAGAAAGCGGUAAGCUUUCCAACUGCUUAG